GACACGGCGUGUGACAUCCAAGGACCAGGAGGUGGAUAAAGGCCUCUGCCAGGAGAGACAUCCUCCGCUCUGUUGGAUCACCUUCCCGAGCGGCCAGCCUCUCCUCCUUCAUCCCGCUGCAGAACCACCGCCAUGGCCCCCAAGAAACCAGAACCCAAGAAAGCAGAACCUAAGAAAGAGGAGCCCAAGGCAGCCCCUAAACCAGCACCCCCACCCGAGCCAGAAGUCCGCAAGGAAGUGGAGUUUAACCCGGCGAACAUCAAAGUAAGUGUCUUUUUUGACAUCCGUAAAUUGUUAACAGGGUAGGGGAGGACUGUUCCCUUCUUGGGUACCGGGUGAAGUUUCUUCUUUUUCCUCCUCCUCCUCCUCCUCCUCCUUCUCCUUCCUCUUCCUCCUUCCUCUUCCUCCUCCUCCUCCUCCUCCUUCCUCCUUCUCCUCCUCCUUCCUCCUCCUUCCUCCUUCCUCCUCCUCCUCCUUCCUCCUCCUCCUUCCUCCUUCCUCCUCCUCCUCCUCUUCUUCUCCUUCUUCUCCUUCCUCCUCCUCCUCCUCCUCCUCCUCCCCUUCUUCUUCUUCUUCUUCUUCUUCUUCUUCUUCUUCUUCUUCGCUACAAGGUGAUUGACACAAAAACAAGUACAAUAGCUUUGAAAGCAGCACAAAUAAAUCAACCAGAGCUAAGGGCAGUGUUGUAAGGGGUUUUUUUGGGGGGGGGGUCAGUUUGGAUGAUGCCCUGAGUCCCUUCCAAGUCUUGGGAUCUUGUGCCCAGUGAGAGUUGGAAUCUAGACGGUUGCUGAACUGCUCAGACAAGUUUAUUUGUAAGACAAGGAGCUCAGCCGGUCACUUUAAGUACCCUCGUUCGCAUCCCAAAAUAAUGACCUCAGUUGUAUGAGCCACAGCUAAGGGGUGGUACCCUCCAGGCUAAUGGGUGAAGCUCUCUCUGCUUCACCUAGCUGCUAAAUAGGAGAAACAGAGUUUUGGGUGUGAGCUGAGCUAAAAGCAGGCUGGAAGCUGGAGACACAGAGACCUGUUUGCGAUGUGCUGGAUCCAAUAUGUGAUGAAUGGAGAAGUGAGAUCUGCUGGGAUGUUACUGCUGUGAGCCCCUUUAUCCUAUGCCCAGAUUGCAGAUGUUGUUGUUGUUUAGUCGUUUAGUGGUGUCCGACUCUUCGUGACCCCCUGGACCAGAGCACGCCAGGCACUCCUGUCUUCCACUGCCUCCCACAGUUUGGUCAAACUCAUGUUGGUAGCUUCGAGAACACUGUCCAACCAUCUCGUCCUCUGUCGUCCCCUUCUCCUUGUGCCCUCCAUCUUUCCCAACAUCAGGGUCUUUUCCAGGGAGUCUUCUCUUCUCAUGAGGUGGCCAAAGUAUUGGACCCUCAGCUUCAGGAUCUGUCCUUCCAGUGAGCGGUGUAAGUAAAACCAUGUAUCCCCACAGUCUCCACUGACUCUCAUCUGAACCCUAAGCAAGCUUUGGAUUCUUCCACCAACAAUAGUUUUUAAGACAAUAGAGAAUUAACGUCUGUUAGUGUAGAGACCUUUUCACCCAGCUGGGAAACCUUUUACAAAAAUAACAGAACCCUUUGAUUUCGUUUUCCCUGCAAAGAACUGAUAGUGGGCACUUGCCAUAUCCCAAGAGAGAUGCUGUUCCAUAGAACGGGGCAGCCAAACCGAAAACCUGCCCUGAUUUACUGGGUGUACACAUCUGAUAUUUUAGGAAAAUACUUUCCUGUGGAACGCAGUGACCUCCUUGGUACGUAAGGGAGAAGGCCAUCACUUAAGUAAGCUGGUCCUGAGCUAUACAGUAGUACCUCGAGUUACAAACGCCUCAGGUUACAAACGCUUCAGGUUACAAACUCUGCUAACCUGGAAGAGUUACCUCGAGUUGAGAACUUUGCCUCAGGAUGAGAACGGAAAUUGUGUGCCGGCAGCGCAGCGGCCACAAGAGGCCCCAUUAGUGAAAGCACGCCUCUAGUUAAGAACAGUUUCAGGUUAAGAACGGACCUCCGGAACGAAUUAAGUUCGUAACCAGAGGUACCACUGUAUAGGGUAGUGUAGGUCAAGACCAAAACCUUGAACUCAGCCCAGUUAACAAUGCAGAUCCCGCAUAAAAGGAGUUAUGGAUGGGGAGAAAAGUUUGUCCCCGAGACCAUCUUAGCCACUGCAAACUGCCUUGAGUCCUAUCAGGGAAAAUGGAGGGGACUGCAAUGGUACCUUGGUUCUCAAACUUAAUCCGUUCCAGAAGUCUGUUCCAAAACCAAAGCCUUCCAAAACCAAGGCGCGCUUUCCCAUAGAAGGUAAUGCAAAACGGAUUAAUCAUUCCAGACUUUUAAAAACAACCCCUAAAACAGCAAUUUAACAUGAAUUUUACUCUCUAACGAGACCAUUGAUCCAUAAAAUGAAAGCAAGAAUCAAUGUGCUGUACUAUAAAAUAAAUAAGAUAGACUUGUAGAUGGUAGAAAAAAAUAAAAAUUACCUGCACUGUUGAUAGUCCUUGUUUGGAUGGGGGGGCUAUUAUCCAUUUCCACAGUCACACAAUCAAUCAAUCAGUAGUUGAACUGGGUUCCACACAGUCACACACAAAAAAAAUUAACCGGAAAAGCCACAAAAACAAAAAAGCAAAAUAAAUAGCAAAAACAAAAGCGCCAAGCUUAAUCCGUUCUGGAAGUCCAUUUGACUUCCGAAAUGUUCUAAAACCAAGGCGCGACUUCUGAUUGGUGCAGGCACUCUAGAAGCAAUAGCCAACAGCCGCAUUGGACGUUCGGCUUCCGAAAAACGUUUGAAAACCGGAACACUUACUUCCGGGUUUUCGCCAUUUGGGAACCAAGGCGUUUGAGUACCAAGGUGUUUGAGAUCCAAGGUACCACUGUAAUAAUAAUGAUGAUGAUGAUGAUGAUGAUGAUGAUGAUGCACAAGCUCAAGUAUGGCUCCACAUAUCUUAGAGCUGUACCCAAAUUUGUUGGCAUCUGUCUGUCUCGAGAGACAACAAAGUGCAUUUCUGGGGGUGAAGUCAAAUUGCUGCAUUAGCAGCACAGAAAUGACCUGCCUGGGGUGCAAGACUGGGGCAGUGUGUCUGGAGGUCCUGGGCUGCCCAGAUGACAAGACCCCCCUCUUGGCCUCACUGAUAUGGUCCAAAGGAAAGCAGUGCAAGACGUCUGGCACCAGCUUAGCAUCUGGGCUUGCAGAACUUGCUACUCACAGGUUCAUUGAGGAUCAGAUUCCAUAUCUACAGAAUACGUGUUCAUUGUGGAAUGAAUCUGGGUUUGUCUCCCCAAGGAAUGCUGACAUCCGGAGGACGUCCAGGGAAUGAAACCCAGUAUCAUGAAUCUUGUCCCGAGAGAGCCAGCGUGGUGUAGUGGUUAAGAGCAGUGGACUCGUAAUCUGGUGAACCGGGUCCGCUUUCCCACUCCUCCACAUGCAGCUGCUGGGUGACCUUGGGCUAGUCACACUUCUCUGAAGUCUCUCAGCCUCACUCAACUCACAGAGUGUUUGUUGUAGGGGAGAAAGGGAAAAGAGAUUGUUAGCCACUUUGAGACUCGCUGUGGGUUAAACCACAGAGUCUAGGACUUGCUGAUCAGAAGGUCGGUGGUUUGGAUCCCCGCGACAGGGUGAGCUCCCUUUGCUCGGUCCCUGCUCCUGCCAACCUAGCAGUUCGAAAGCACAUCAAAGUGCAAGUAGAUAAAUAGGUACCGCUCUGGCAGGAAGGUAAACGGUGUUUCCAUGCGCUGCUCUGGUUCGCCAGAAGCGGCUUAGUCCUGCUGGCCACAUGACCCUGAAAAACUGUCUGCGGACAAACGUCAGCUCCCUCGGCUUAUAGAGCGAGAUGAGCGCCGCAACCCCAGAGUCAUCUGCGACUGGACCUAACAGUCAGGGGUACCAUUACCGUUUUUGGAUGCAAGGGGUGCAUAGAAUUGCAACCAAUUCUUGGGAAUAAAUCCCACUGAUCAUGAUGAAAUUCGCAGGCAAGCAGAUUGCUGCUUUGCAGUCCUGCUUUUUAAAUAAAUGUUUUCCUUUUCAGAUAAUACAGAACAUGAUGAAAUCACAAUAAAUUAAAGCUCCCUUUCAGUAGUUUCAAGCACUACUACAGGUUCCCCAUAAUAUCUGUACUGCAUUGUUUAGCUUGGCAGCAGCUGCACUUUGGAACUCCCCGCCUAUUGCAAUAAAGCACUUGCCUUUGCUAGACUGUUUUCAGGCACCUGCUAAAAGCAUUCUUGUUUAGGAACGCAUUCCCAGCUGCUUAGGAAGUUGAAGUAAUUGGCUCCCUCGGCCAAUAAAGCGAGAUGAGCGCUGCAAGCCCAGAGUCAGCCACGACUUGACCUAAUGGUCAGGGGUCCCUUUACCUUUACCUUAAGGGGAGUGAAAGGCGGGAUAUCAAGUCCAAACUCUUCUAGGUUAUGAAGGCUUGGCCCGUCUCAACUUGACAGCCCACAUCUGCGGCUCCGAGCUUCUCGAGUGUGCGCAGUGCUGGCGUGAUCCUGGAUGAUGUCCGUACUUCGCUAGGCAGAGCAAAUCCGGUGGGGUAGUUAGGAGGGGCAGUUUGCCCCGGGUGUCACCCUGACAGGGGGUGACAAAAUGCUGAGCGGUACUCACCGUGGGGCCUGCAGCGCACACAAACCAUGCGUCUCGGUGCCCGCAGGCUCCACGCUGUCCGUCUGCUGCCUCCCCACCCAGCUGUAGGGCGGCUGAGGCCUUGCGGCACGCCCCGUCCAUAUGGGCACUAUGCUGUGCUGUCCCUAUGGGCACCACACUCCCUGUCCCAUCCCACCCCUAUUGGCACCGAGUGCCCUGUUCCGUCCCACCCCUAUGGGCACCGAGUGCCCUGUUCCGUCCCUAUGGGCGCCCUGCACCCCGCCCCUAUGGGCGGUUCGCCCCACCCCUGGGCAUGCUGUGCCCAGGGGCCCAAGAGGCUUCCUCCAUCACUCAGAGAAUGGAGUACGACACCCAGAGCAAGUAGAUUGAUGCAGCACAUACCGUAUUUUUUGCUCCAUAAGACGCACCUGACCAUAAGACGCACCUAGUUUUUAGAGGGGGAAAACAAGAAAAAAAAUAUUCUGAACGAAACAGUGGAUGUGUGGUUUUUUUGGUGCAGGCUGUACCAUGGACAUGCUAUGUGAUCUGAAAGUGAAUUUGGGGUGACCCAAUGCAAAAAUCCUGAGGAUCCAUGGGCUUUUACCUCCCCCCUCCCAGGCAGCCUCCUUUAUCCCUAGCGUCCUUUAUCUCCCUCACCCGAUUGCUUGCUAAUAAUAAUAAUAAUAAUAAUAAUAAUAAUAAUGGUUUCCCCAGCACCAACCUCAGCACCAACACUUUGAAUUGUGCUCAGAAACGUACUGGGAGCCAAUGUCGGUCUUUCAAGACCGGUGUUAUAUGGUCUCGGCGGCCGCUCUGAUCGGCUGCUUCCCUUCAACAAGGCCUUCCCUCUUGUUUGCCUUAGUGUCUUUUCCUUAGCUGGAGCAGUUUUUUGCUCCUCCUUUUCUUCUAAUUUCUCUCCUCAUUGCUUUAGUCUUCCUGUCUCCUCUCCUUGCAAGUUUGCUGUCUUUACUUCCCCCUCCCAGGCAACCUCCUUUAUCUCUAGCGUCCCUUAUCUCCCUUCCAAUCGCUUGCGAUCAGUGGCUUUGUUUCAACACCCACUUCCCUCUUUCAAAAAAAAGAGAGAGCAUGAUCUGCUUUUUGCCCCUGGGCAAUUUGGCUCCAGGGACCAUGCAUUUGCUCCAUAAGACGCAGACAUCUCCCCUUACUUUUUAGGAGGAAAAAAGUGUGUCUUAUGGAGUGAAAAAUGCGGUAGUUAAACAGUGGAACUCCCUCCCACAGGAGACGAUGAUGGCCACCCACUUAGAUGGCUUUAAAAGAAGAUGAGACCAAUUCAUGCAGAUGAGGAUUAUAGAUGCCUCCUAGUUGUGAUGGCUCUGCUCUGCUUCCACAGCUGGAGGCAGCAAUGCUUGUGAAGGUCAGUUGCUGGAAAGCACAGGAGAGGAGAUGUGGUCUUGUGUUCGAAUCCUGAUUGAGGGUUUCUUCGGCUUGGCUGCUGGGAGAGCAGGGUGCUGGGCAAGACAGGCCUUUGGCCUCAUCCGGCAGAGUUCUACUUAUGUUCUUAUAUGCUCCUUUCCUUAAGAUUAAGGAUCUCAAACCUGUAAAAGGGUAAAAGAGUAUUGGGAAAUGAUUUAUAAUGAAUUGAAAAAAAUGUUUAAUAGCACCCCCCAAACACACACACACACACACACACACAAACACCCAGAGUCCUUUCUGUUGAGGAUAAUUCAGAUGGAAAUUCCCAGGAAAUUCCUAUCAGUGACCCCGGGGGAGUUCCUAGUUGAUGUGCAUCGGCAGGACUCCCCUACUGGUGGUUAACCCUUCCUGGACUUCUAGCGGAUGGGCUGGAGUUGGAUAUAGUCGGUUAGGACCAAUGCCUAAGCCAAUACCGCUCAUCACCUGUAACCAAUAAAGUUGUGGCCUUUUUUAGCCCAUUAAGCUUAAUAAUUGUGUCAUGUGUCUUUAUUUCCACUGGGAGAGGGCGGGAACUCACCAUGCAAUUGCCAACCCGCUGACAUAGUGGAGGCAAAUGGUUGUGGAUUUCUCUCUCUACAUACAUUUUGAGCCAUUUUGGCUGCGUCGGGUGUUAUUGAAUAGCAGGAAUUGCUGGUAGGGAGAGUUGGUCCUGUGUUCAAAUCCUGCUUGCAGGUUUCACACAGGCAUCUGGUCGGCCAAUGGGAGACCAGGAUGCUGGGACGCCAUUAGGGUGUGUCAUUUUCCGGGGUGAACAUUUGCAAAUUUCUUCAGCGAGAGGUCUUUUAAAUAUGAUUUGGGGUGUGAGGAAUUGGCUAUUAUUGUUGCGACUGCACAACGUUUAUCUCCGUAAGUCUGCCUUUGAUGAAAGAUGGUUAUUUUGAAUGGUUUCUAUGCAAUUUCACACCCAUUUUGAUUAACUAAAUGAUAUUAAUUUAACCAAAAUAUCUCUUGGAUUCCCAAGUCAUUUGCCAACAUUUUAGCACCCCUCAUGUUUGGAAUCUGAAAGUUGGAAAUUCAACAUGCCCUAAUGGACUCAUGGCCUCAUCCUGCAGGUCCCUUUAACGUCCUUGCAGUAAAAAGGAUAGUCUGUAUUAUGUGUUUCUAAAUUUGAUGAGAAAGAAAAUAUUAAAGACGGCCAUUUCCUGCCCACAAAGAACAGCAACGGUGGUUUGUUUACACGGUUAAGUCAUCUCAGACUUUUAAGAACAACGCCCCGUUCCUUUGGGGACCUCAGCGAGGGACGGUUGUGAAGUUUGCACAUUAAAUGUAUGUCUGUUCCAUUGAGUAAAAAAGGUAAAGGGUAAAGGGACCCCUGGUCCAGUCAUGACCAACUCUGGGGUUGCGGCGCUCAUCUCGCUUUACUGGCCAAGGGAGCCAGCGUACAGCUUCCGGGUCAUGUGCCCAGCAGGACUAAACCGCUUCUGGCGAACCAGAGCAGCACACAGAAACGCCGUUUACCUUCCCGCCGGAGCAGUACCUAUCUAUCUACUUGCACUUUGACGUGCUUUCGAACUGCUAGGUUGGCAGGAGCAGGGACUGAGCAACGGGAGCUCACCCCGUUGCGGGGAUUCGAACCGCUGACCUUCUGAUCGGCAAGUCCUAGGCUCUGUGGUUUAACCCACAGCGCCACCCACUCAAACCCAUGAUCCGAAGAUUAAGAGUCUCAUGCUCUACCAACUGAGCUACCAAGACAGAUUUCCCCACAUUCCACAUCUACAUGCCCCUUUCUUACAUUAUUUUGAAAAAAUGCUGCGUACAGUGAUUCUAACUAAUAGAGUUGAGUCGUCCCGUGAUUGUGCAACAAACAAAUAAAGCCAUAAUAUGGGCUAACGUACACAGUGACUUGCGAUCUCGAUCACACGCAGUCUGUAGUCCGCUGGCAGUAGGAGUACAAUAUGGGUAUGUCUUUAAGUUAACAUCUUACAUUAAAAUCUGACAGUACCAAACUAUCGAAGGCUUUUCACCAAAGCCAGACUAAAUGUCUUUCCUUCUGCAGUGUUGGAUGGUAGGUUGAGAGGAGUUCCCUACCAGGACAGACUUUGCCCAUGUGCUCAAGACAUCGAUUCCAUAAAACAUAUUUUGUUGCAUUGUGCAAAAUAUGAGCAAGCCAGGGCUGAACUGAUACUAUCCAUGCUGGUACCUUCCCCGGGAAAAUCAGAGGCUCACUAUGUCAGGUUCCUACUGGAAGACCGGACAAUUGCUAGAACAUUAGCAGUGGCAAAAUUUUUAUCGGUGGUUGCAAUAACAAAUGAUCCCUAUAUUCUAAACAAAAUGCUUGUUUAACCUAGAGGUAGGCUGUAUGAAUUGGGUAUUGCUUUGUAAUGAUUUGUUGGGUCUCUGGACUGUAAUAAAGAUUGAAGAUGAUGAAAUAAAGCCAUAAUAAGUGAGAUGUUUCGGGCUUUUCACCUGCGCUCUAUCUCUUGCUUUUAUUUCAUGCGAUGAGCACAGUCUGUUCUUUGCUUGGGCUUGAGAAGGGCAGAGGUAGCAGGAACAGGGAUGAUCCGUCAGGCUUUUAAUAGCCGGACAACUGCGUCUGCCUCCUCUCCCGUUUACCUGGCUCCUGUUGAGCUCACCCUUUGUCACCGUCCAAAAUAGAAUCACUUGUUUGCGAACGUAAAAGGAAGGCGGAGAGUGAGUGGCGGGCAUGCUUUUUCCUGGCUCAAUUCCCAUCGCCUUUUGCAGCUGUCCAGCUCGAGGAAAGGACGGCAGAGAGAAGCUCUUCUUCCGCCGCUGCAUCUCCCUGCUAGGAAAGGUUUUUCACUUGCAAGGAUGGUGUUUUAGCCCUCAAGGGCAUAUUCACAUAGGGCUAGGAGAGACCCCCUGCCUGAACCCUGGAGGGCUGCAGGCAAUAUUGAGCUAGAUUGCUGUUGUUGUUUAGUCGUGUUUUUAAUUUUCUGUUGUGAGCUGCCCAGAGUGGCUGGGGAAACCCAGCCAGAUAAGUGGGGUGUUGUUGUUUAGUCUUUAGUCGUGUCCGCCUCUUCGUGACCCCAUGGACCAGAGCACACCAGGGACUCCUGCCUUCCACUGCCUCCCGCAGUUUGGUCGGGCUCAUGUUUGUAGCUUCGAGAACACCAUCCAACCAUCUCGUCCUCUGUCAUCCCCUUCUCCUGGUGCCCCCCAUCUUUCCCAACAUCAGGGCCUUUUCCAGGGAGUCUUCUCUUCUCAUGAGGUAGCCUAAGUAUUGGAGCCUCAGCUUCAGGAUCUGUCCUUCCAGGGAGCACUCAGGGCUGAUUUCCUUCAGAAUGGAGUGGUUUGAUCUUCUUGCAGUCCAUGGGACUCUCAAGAGUCUCCUCCAGCACCAGAAUCCAAAAGCAUCCAUUCUUUGGCGAUCAGCCUUCUUUAUGGUCCAGCUCUCACUUCCAUACAUCACUACUGGGAAAACCAGAGCUUUAACUAUACGGACCUUUGUUGGCAAGGUGAUGUCUCUGCUUUUUAAGAUGCUGUCUAGGUUUGUCAUUGCUUUUCUCCCAAGAAGCAGGCGUCUUUUAAUUGGUACCUCGGGCUACAGACCCUUCAGGUGCUUCAUGUUAAAGACUCCGCUAACCCAGAAAUACUACCUCGGGUUAAGAACUUUGCUUCAGGAUGAGAACAGAAAUUGCACAGUGGCACAGUGGGAGAAGGGGCUCCAUUUCUCCUCCCGCAGCGCCUCUCCAGUGAAGAGAAGUCAGAACAGCAAGAGGGAUCACUACGCAGCGUUCCUCCCAUUGCCCUGAAGAGGCUUCGCGCGGCUAUCCCUGAAUCCAGAAGAGGGAUCGGUACGCACCGAUCCCUCUCGCUGUUCUGUCUUCUGGGAUAGCUGUGCAGCCUGCAUUCACUCCAUAAGACGCACACACAUUUUCCCUUACUUUUUAAGAGGGGAAAAGUGCAUCUUAUAGAGCGAAAAAUACGGUAUGUUGGAAGCUGCCCAGAGUGCCCAGUCAGAUGGGCAGGGUAUAAUUAGUAAAUUUUUCAUUAUGGAAUGGGGCAUCCCUAUUUUCAUCAGAGAAAUGUGGGAGGGCAUGGAAUCUGAAAUCAUGUUUCUGAAGUCCAUUAGCAGGGAGGACAGUCAGUCUGUGAAAUGCUUUAUAUUUUUGGCUGUGGCCCUUGCCAAAAGACCACGUCAUUUCUCCGAAAAGUCUGCACCUCUCCUUUGCCAGUGCUUUGCACUAAUUCCUGCCAGGCUGUGGAAGAGGAUGGAGGCAUGUUCUCAAUCAAAGGAUGGAGGCUUUGCAACAACUCAGUUUAGGAGUCAAAGGAACAAGACAGACAACCACACACUCAAGGUGCCAGUCCUCAUUAGACUCCCAAAAACAUGUUGCAAUAGCACCAGGAACAUUUGGGAACGCCAGGGUCCCAUUCUCUUCGCUUGGUGUUGUGCCAGGAAAUCGUCCUAGCAAAAGGAACCGCAUUUCUCCUGAGUAUUUUAUUUUUUAAAUAUAAAACCUGCUGCUGUUUGUAAAAUGAAAUUAAAACUCCACCUCCUGAUGAAACCUGCUUAAACUGCUGAGACAAAUAAAUGUUACACAAGACCCCCGGAGCAAGAUUUAAGGGUUUGAGGACACACUUUACAGGGUCUCUGUUCCCUUUUAGGAUAAUGAGGCACAGCAGAGACUGUGGUGUCUUUAUGAGACAAGGUUUUCUUUGUAUGUGUGCCUGGGCAUGCAAACAUGCUGCCUUUGUGUCAAAAUCCCUGAAGAGUGGAGUCCUCAUCUCCUUUUCCAAAGCUGAGCUUUCUGCCUCCAUCCACUGAGAUAAUGGAACAAGAAAUUCGGAGCAGGAAACGGGCAUGGUUGGGACCCUUCCACGGUUUAUUUCAAAUGCUAAAAAAACCCCACAGGUUACGAGGCAUUCAAAAGGAAAUACAGUGGUACCUCGGGUUACAGACGCUUCAGGUUACAGACGAUUCAGGUUACAGACUCCACUAACCCAGAAAUAGUACCUUGGGUUAAGAACUUUGCUUCAGGAUGAGAACAGAAAUCGUGCUCCGGCGGCGCAGCAGCAGCAGGAGGCCCCAUUAGCUAAAGUGGUACCCAGGUUAAAAACAGUUUCAGGUUAAGAACGGAACUCCAGAACAAAUUCAAUUCUUAACCCGAGGUAUCACUGUAUUAGUUUGGUUGAGGGUUGUAGCACCUUCAUUUUAGGCCCUGCAUUUUAGUCCUGCGUGAGUGUCUGGAGGCGGUUGGAGGAUGGAUGGUGGUGGACAGAUUGAGGUUGAAUCCUGAUGAGACAGAAGUACUGUUUUGGGGGGACAGGGGGCAGGCAGGUGUGGAGGACUCCCUGCUCCUGAAUGGGGUAACUGUGCCCCUGAAGGACCAGGUGCGCAGCUUGGGAGUCAUUAAUGCAUAAGCAACACAGCACUUGUUUCAAGUAAGAGAAGCAAAAUGAGCGCACCAAAAAGUGUCAGCCUUGUCAAUGUCAUGGGACAUCAGGGAGAAGAAUCAUAGUGAAUAAUCUCUCUCUCUUUGCUUUCAGGUUGAAUUCAGCAAUGAACAGCUUGAAGGUUAGUAACUUUUCUGUCUUUCACAAAUCCCCCUGUUCUCUGAAGCAAUGUUAACAGUUAUUCCAGAGAGAGAGAGAAAGAGAGAGAGAGAGAGAAUCAUAGAAUUGAAGAGAUGUUUGCUCCAUCUUCCAUGAGACAGCCUUUGCGAUAUUUCAAGAUGGCUCUCAUAUCUCUGCCUCUUCUCCAGGCUGAACAUACCCAAUUCCUUCAACCGUUCCUCAUCAGGCUUGGUUUCCAGACCCUUGACCAUCUUGGUCGCCCUCAUCUGCACACCUUCCAGCUUGUCAACAUCCUUCUUAAACUGAGGUGCCCAGAAUUAGACACAGUAUUCCAGGUGUGGUCUGACCAAGGCAGAAAAGAGUAGGACUAUGACUUUCCUUGAUCUUGAUCUGGAUCAGGGCCGGAUUUAGGUUUGAUGUGGCCCUAAGCUACUGACAGUAAUGGGGCCCUUUAUAUGUCCAGCUGUCCUUCAUCAACAGCAAAUUGUCACUGUGUUGACUAUAUGCUAUAUGGUAAUUUAUGGACCUGAUAGGUAUCUCAAGCCAUUUGCACAUGUUGUCUGCAACCAGGCCAUGCAGAAUGUAGGCACCCUAUAUAUAGAAAUGAGCAAACCAGUGAUAUUUUAGGGAGCAGAGUAGUAGUAGUAGUAGUAGUAAUAAUAAUAAUAAUAAUAAUAAUAAUAAUAAUAAUUUAUACCCCAUCCAUCUGGCUGGGUUUCCCCAGCCACUCUGGGUGGCUUCCAACAAAACACUAAAAUACAAUAACCUAUUAAACAAUAAAAGCUUCCCUAAACAGGGCUGCCUUCAGAUGUCUUCUAAAAGUUUGGUAGUUAUUUUUCUCUUUGACAUCUGUUGGGAGGGCGUUCCACAGGGUGGGUGCCACUACCGAGAAGGCCCUCUGCCUGGUUCCCUGUAACUUGGCUUCUCGUAGCAAGGGAACUGCCAGAAGGCCCUUGGCGCUGGACCUCAGUAUCCGGGCAGAACGAUGGAGGUGGAGACGCUCCUUCAGGUAUACUGGACCAAGGCCGUUUAGGGCUUUAAAGGUCAGCACCAACACUUUGAAUUGUGCUUGGAAAUGUACUGGGAGUCAAUGUAGAUCUUUCAAGACCAGUGUUAUGUGGCCCUGUGGCCGCUCCCAGUCACCAGUCUAGCUGCCACAUUGUGGAUUAGUUGUUGUUUCCAGGUCACCUUCACAGGUAGCCCCACGUAGAGCACAUUGCAGUAGUCCAAGCGAGAGAUAACCAGAGCAUGCACCACUCUGGUGAGACAGUACGCAGGCAGGGAGGGUCUCAGCCUGCGUACCAGAUGGAGCUGAUAAACAGCUGCCCUGGAUACAGAAUUUACCUCCAUGGACAGCUGUGAGUCCAUGCGGGGCCCAUGACUUGCAUCAUAGGAGCCUUGAUCAUCUUGGUCGCAUUUAAGUUUGCAAACCAGGGAAGCCCAAAGGGUUGGAUCAGCACCCCACUCUCUCAUGUGUUAAGCACAUUUACCACAUGGCAGCCCACCCCCGUUCUGUACAGCUUUCCUCCCCAGCGUUUGACAGCCCAAACAACAACCUCAUCUGUUUCCAUACGCUCUUUAGAUUAAAAUAUUUUGGCUCCCCCCCGCCGCCCCUUUGCAAAAUCUGGCAUGGCUGUGUCGCAAGGAUGCAGCGCCUCUUGAAAGACUCCUGUUUUCUUUCUCCUGCUUUCGGCUUGUUGCAAAGGCAGACCUUCCGUGGAGGAGAAGUCUCUCAAUGACCUAUAGGCAUGAAGGGUCUGGAAACGAAGCCUUAUGAGGAAUGGUUGAAGGAGCUGGGUAUGUUUAGCCUGGAAAAGAGGAGACUGAGAGGAGAUAUAUGAGAGCCAUCUUCAAAUAUCUCAAGGGCUGUGACAUGGAAGAUGGAGCAAGCUUGUUUUCUCCUGUUCUGGAGGGUAGAACUCGAACCCAUGGCUUCAAGUGACAAGGAAGGAGAUUCUGACGAAACAUCUGGGGAAAUUUUCUGAGCUGUUGGAAAAGUGAGAAAGACUCCCAUGAGAAGUUGUGGACUCUCCUUCCCUGGAGGUAUUAAAGCAGAUGUUGGAUGGCCAUCUCUCAUGGAUGCUUUAGCUGAGAUUUCAGCAUUGCAGAAGGUUGGACUAGAUCAGUGUUUCCCAACCUUGGGUCUCCAGCUGUUUUCGGACUACAAUUCCCAUCAUCCCUGACCACUGGUCUUGCUAGCUAGGGAUGAUGGGAGUUGUAGUCCAAAAACAGUUGAAGACCCAAGGUUGGGAAACACUGGACUAGAUGAUCCUUAGGCCCCUUCCAAUUCUAAGAUUCUAUGAUUUGCUGGAAGCCACGGGAAGGGAGAAGGAUCUUGAAUUCGUGUCCUGCUUGUGGGUUUCCCACAGGCCAAGGACCGCUUUAUUCCAGCAUCCUGUUCCCACAGUGGCCAAGCAGAUGCCUUUGGGGAACAUGCAAGAAGCAGGAUUUAAGCCGAAGAGCCACUCUUCCCUUCUGUGGCUUCCAACAACUGGUUGUUGUUGUAUAGUCGUUUUGUCAUGUCCAACUCUUCGUGUAAAUUCUGUUUCUAAAGGAGUUUUUGUAAUUGCCAAAUGCCAAUGUGUUUGCAUUAUUAAGUUUGUUAUGAAUAGAAAAUCAUUUUAAGUUAGAGCUUAAUAAUUAUUUCACUAUUAAUAUACUUCUUGCUGAGCAUUGGAUACAACCCAUCGUUUUGAAACCUUAAGAAAGCAAAAGCUUCUAGGCGAGACAAAUUGUAUAUGGUGACUAGUGGGGUGCCACAGGGUUCUGUCUUGGGCCCGGUCUUAUUCAACAUCUUUAUCAACGACUUGGAUGAUGGACUCAAGGGCAUCCUGAUCAAAUUUGCAGAUGACACCAAACUGGGAGGGGUGGCUAACACCCCAGAGGACAGGAUCACCCUUCAAAACGACCUUGACAGAUUAGAGAACUGGGCCAAAACAAACAAGAUGAAUUUUAACAGGGAAAUUGUAAAGUAGUGCACUUGGGCCAAAAAAAUGAGAGGCACAAAUACAAGAUGGGUGACACCUGGCUUGAGAGCAGUACAUGUGAAAAGGAUCUAGGAGUCUUGGUUGACCACAAACUUGACAUGAGCCAACAGUGUGACGCGGCAGCUAAAAAAGCCAAUGCAAUUCUGGGCUGCAUCAAUAGGUGUAUAGCAUCUAGAUCAAGGGAAGUAAUAGUGCCACUGUAUUCUGCUCUGGUCAGACCUCACCUGGAGUACUGUGUCCAGUUCUGGGCACCACAGUUCAAGAAGGACACUGACAAACUGGAACGUGUCCAGAGGAGGGCAACCAAAAUGGUCAAAGGCCUGGAAACGAUGCCUUAGGAGGAACGGCUAAGGGAGCUGGGCAUGUUUAGCCUGGAGAAGAGGAGGUUAAGGGGUGAUAUGAUAGCCAUGUUCAAAUAUAUAAAAGGAUGUCACAUAGAGGAGGGAGAAAGGUUGUUUUCUGCUGCUCCAGAGAAGCGGACACGGAGCAAUGGAUCCAAACUACAAGAAAGAAGAUUCCACCUAAACAUUAGGAAGAACUUCCUGACAGUAAGAGCUGUUCGACAGUGGAAUUUGCUGCCAAGGAGUGUGGUGGAGUCUCCUUCUUUGGAGGUCUUUAAGCAGAGGCUUGACAACCAUAUGUCAGGAGUGCUCUGAUGGUGUUUCCUGCUUGGCAGGGGGUUGGACUCGAUGGCCCUUGUGGUCUCUUCCAACUCUAUGAUUCUAUGAUUCUAUGGUCAUUGCUCUGGGGCUUCUGGGGGAUUUGACCCAGAUUGCCUUCCCGAAGCCUUUUCUCCUUCUUUUGGGAAGCCGUUCCCCAGAACCCCAUCCCACUAUCUGUGGUCAGCAAAGCCAGAGCUUUUUCUCAAUGGCUUCUCCAUGAACCCAGUGGAUCCUGCUGACAAGGAGUUUAGAUAAUGAUAGGCCCAAACGAAAGCAGAAGAAGAGGCUGAUAUUUUUAUUUUUCAUUAUUAUUCUUUUGAAAAGUUUCCAUGUUUGUUCAGCUGCCACAGAGUGGGAGCUGCUGCCGCUGCUGCCAUCAUGUUCCCUUGUUUAAAAAAUGAAAUAACAGGCCUUGCGUCUGGGAUUCUUUGCCGACAACAGGGUGGAAAUAGAACCUUUCAUUGGGCAAACUCUGCGAGGGAGGCUGCAUCAAAGAGUCUGGUGUUGCGAUUUCAGGGUCGAAAUGGCAAUUGUGGCGGGUAGAAAUCACAGAAUCGUUGAAUUGAAGAGUUGGAAGAGAUUCCAAGGGUUAUCUCAUUCAACCUCCUGCAAUUCAGGAAUCUCAGUUGAAGCAUCCAUGACAGAUGGCCACCUAACGUAUGCUUAAAAACCUCCCAUCCAGCCAAGCCGGAUAGACAAUAUUGAGCUGUAUGGUAUGGUUACCAGAUGUCCCCGUUUUCCUGGGGACAGUCCCCAGAUUUACAAAUCCGUCCCCGGACAAAAUCCAUCCCUGGAAUGUCCCCGGAUUUCAUUUAACGUCCCCGGAUUUGUAUUUUAAGUGUUGUAGAUUUAUUAGUGGGGACGUGGGUGGCGCUGUGGGUUAAACCACAGAGCCUAGGACUUGCUGAUCAGAAGGUCGGCGGUUCGAAUCCCCACGACGGGGUGAGCUCCCGUUGCUCGGUCCCAGCUCCUGCCAACCUAGCAGUUUGAAAGCACAUCAAAAGUGUAAGUAGAUAAAUAGGUACCACUCCGGCGGGAAGGUAAACAGAGUUUCUGUGCACUGCUCUGGUUCGCCAGAAGUGGCUUAGUCAUGCUGGCCACAUGACCCGGAAGCUGUACGCUGGCUCCCUUGGCCAAUGAAGCGAGAUGAGCGCCGCAACCCCAGAGUCGGCCACGACUGGACCUAAUGGUCAGGGGUCCCUUUACCUUUACCUAGUGUCCCAUUCAAGGGAAGUAAUAGUCCUGCUCUAUUCUGUCUUGGACACCUAGAGUCCUGAGCCCAAUUCUGGGCACCACAGUUUAAGAAGGCUAAGACAAGUGUGAUGACCAAGUGUGAUGGUCUGGGACUUGGGAUCGGACUUGGAACCAUACGAGACUCAGUCUGCACCGAAUCCUUUGCCUCAGGCAGCAUCUGAACCUAGUCUGGGGCCUGAUCCUGAAGAGUCCCAGUCUGCACAGGUUCCCCUGCAACAAACCCCAUCUGGGCCGAGUCAGGGGCCUGAGCCUGCCCUGGUUCCAGAUGUGGGGGUGACCUCGUUGCCUCCAGCUGGACCAUCACUUACAGCUGCUCCACUACCAGUUGGGUCAGGAGAGGCUGAGGCGGCCCCUGGGUCUAGUAACCCACCGACGUCUCCCGAGCUGCAGAGACUGAGGUCUGAGAGAAGGAGAGACCUGAGUACUUGCAGGAGGAGUGCUCGCCUUCGGGCAAGACAGGGAGGUGAGUCGCCGGGGGAUCAGGACCGGCUGUCUCCCCAACAAAGAUAAAAGCCUGUCGGACCCUGCCCCAGGUUGUGGGAGCAACAUUGCUGUAUGCCAGAACCUGCCUGAGAUCCGAUGCCUGUCCUUGCCUGGUUUCCUGCCUCGUGUCCUGCCUUGGCCCUGUUGGACUGACUCCUUGCGGAACCCUUGGAUUUGGGACCAGACCUGGACUGCGUUGCUCGGGUUACCCCCAGGCCCAGCACAUCAAGGGUCUGGAGAAUGAGCCUUAUGAGGAACAGCAGAGGGAUUUGGGUAUGUUUUGCCUGCAAAUGAGCGGACUGGAAGGAGAUGUGAUAGGCACCUUCAAAUAUCUCAAGGGCUGUCCCAUGGAAGAGGAUGCAAGCUUGCUUUCUCCUGCUCCUGGAGGGUAGGACUCGAACCCAUGGCUUCAAGUUACAAGAAAGGAGAUUCCGACUCAAGAUCAGAAAGAACUUUCUGGCAAUAAGAGCUGUUUGAUGGUGGAACGGACUCCUUUGCUCCUUUGGAAGGUGGCGGGCGCUCCUUCCUUGGGGGUUUUUAAGUAGAGGGUGGGUGGCCAUCAGUCAUGGAUGCUUCCAUUGAGAUUCCUGCAUUGCAGGGAGUUGGACUAAUUGAUCCCUAUCCUCCACCAGGGCCAGGGCCUUCUCGGUGGUGGCUCCAACCUGGUGGAAUGCUCUGUCCCAUGACACCAGGGCCUUGCAGGAUUUAACUUCCUUCCUCAGGACCUGUAAGACAGAGCUAUUCCGCCUGGCUUUCAGUUUGAACUUAGCCUGAUCUUUUGUUCCCCUUCCUUCCCUCCCCCUCCCCUUUUUAUGAAGAUCACCCGCUCUGGGAUCCCACAUCUAAUUCUCUGCUUGUCUCCUCGCUGGCCCAAAUAGGACUAAUUUAGUCAGCUAGCCCUGGCGAUCAUCUAAUGUUUAUUGGAUGGAUUUCCCCCCUAAAUUGAUUUUUAAAUUCUGAAUUUAUUGUUAUUCACGUUUUAUACUGUAUUUUAUGCUGGGUUUUUUUGUUGCAUCAAUUAAGUGUUUUAAAUUUGUUGUUAGCCACCCUGAGCCUGGUUUUCUGAACCGGGAAUGGCGGGGUAUAAAUUAUUAUUAUUAUUAUUAUUAUUAUUAUUAUUAUUAUUACGAUUCUACGAUUUGUCCCUGUUUCAAUUGGUGGCGGUGUCUGUUGUGCAUCAUUCUCCCACUGGUCCCUGACUGCUAUUCCUUUCUCUUUCUCGGAGCAGUCAGAUAGGUGAUCCCAGCCAACGGGGGUCUCGUAUUGAUCAGGAUUACAUCACAAAGGUGACCGUCAGGUCUUGCAGCAUGAUGACCUCAGUGGCAGCAAGGGAAGUCCAUUAAGUGCGAGAUUAAGCCAGGGCUGUGUGCAAAAUACUGUGGGAAACAUGUCGGGAAAGGAAGAAAAAUCAUUGCUGCCACACACACACUCUGCAAUUUAAGCCUUGUCUGUCAAGGUAUCAGGCAAAACGAUACGUUGCAUUUCAUCUCGGCUGAAAUGAAUUUGAAAUGCGUAUUUUGCAUGUGAAAAAAUAGACAGGAAAAGCAGAUGUCAAGCAGAUGCUUGCUGCACAGAUUUCAAGAAGCAAAACACAUCAAAAAAUAGAUCCAUAACACGCAUCGUGACGAGAGGGCCUGUCAAUUUUUGCUUUCAGUUCCUCAUUUUUUCCAGGCUAAGUUGAGUUCAUUGCAUUUCAUCAUUGAUUUCUGAUUUUUUUUUUACAAAGAGGUUUUCAUAAAAUUUUUAUCAGCAUCUUAGUUUGUACUUCUCCCAAUAUUCCUGCAUGCAGUUUUACCUAACGUACAAAGCUAUUCAAGCAAACAGUGAGUUUGGGCUUAUUUUCAUUAGUAUGUGCAUUUUAACGCACACUUUUCUCUAAUAAUAAUAAUAAUAAUAAUAAUAAUAAUAAUAAUAAUAUAUUUAUACCCCACCCAUCUGGCUGGGUUUCCCCAGCCACUCUGGGCGGCUUCCAACAGAAUAUUAAAAUACAAUAAUAAAAUAAUAUAUAUGCAUUUUUGCACACACAUUUUGCACACACGUUUUGGAUUGGAGAAUUGCAUCACAAAAUUUGGGAAAUGGCGGAUUUCAAAGGACAGCCCUGCUUCAGUUCACAAAUUUGUUCCCUCAGUGCAAACUGGCUUGGAGCUGUAGCCGUUUGGAAAGUGCCGGGUUGGGGAAGCUUAAAUUAGAGGCGAUUCAUAGACUGCCCCUUUGCACAAGCCAGGCGAUGGUUUACCAAAACAUACAAUUAAAGUAUAAAUCUGUAACAUAAUACCCCUCCAAACGAAAUUCAACGCACAGCAGUGCGUAGCAAUUGACGAAGAGCAGCAGCUGCAAGCUAAUCGUAUUUUGUUACAGGGCGUGUGAAUUAGGAUUUCUCCCCCAUCGCUAAACAGCAGUAGGCCAUAGAAUCAUAGAGUUGGAAGGGGACCCUGGCGAUCAUCUAGUCCAACCCCCUGCAAUGCAGGAAUAUACAUCUGUCCCUUAAAGGGAUUGAACAACCUUGGCAUUACCAGCACCACGCUCUAGGCAAGCUGUUAGAAUUAGCUCCGAGUCCUUUUGUUUCUCUACUCACCCACUCUUUCUGUCUUCACAAUAGCCCUGUGAGGUAGGUUAACCUUCGAAACAAAACAAACCCAACCGCCCUAUAAUGAACCCAAAGUUGUUCAGCGGGUUUUAUGGUGUGCUGAGAGAUGGCUCUACAAACAGCUUUGUUGUUGUUGUUGCUGUUGUUGCUUAGUUGUUUAGUCGUUUAGUCGUGUCUGACUCUUCGUGACCCCAUGGGCCAGAGCACGCCAGCCACUCCUGUCUUCCACUGCCUCCCACAGUUUGGUCAAACUCAUGCUGGUAGCUUCGAGAACACUGUCCAACCAUCUCGUCCUCUGUUGUCUCCUUCUCCUUCUGCCCUCCAUCUUUCCCAACAUCAGGGUCUUUUCCAGGGAGUCUUCUCUUCUCAUGAGGUGGCCAAAGUCUUGGAGCCUCAGCUUCAGGAUCUGUCCUUCCAGUGAGCGCUCAGGGCUGAUUUCCUUCAGAAUGGAGAGGUUUGAUCUUCUUGCAGUCCAUGGGACUCUCAAGAGUCUCCUCCAGCACCAGAAUUCAAAAGCAUCAAUUCUUCGGCUAUCAGCCUUCUUUAUGGUCCAGCUCUCGAACUGAGCGACCUUUUGGCUUUGGCCCAGCCGCUUCAUCAGCUCUGAAUCUACUUGUACUUGUCCUCCACUCUUCCUCAGUAGCAUGUUUGACGCCUUCCGACCUGAGGGGCUCAUCUUCCAGCGUCAUAACUUUUAUACGCCUGUUGUCUUUGUCCAUGGAGUUUUCUUGGCAGGGAUACUGGAGUGGCUUGCCGGUUCCUGCUCCAGGUGGAUCACGUUUGGUCAAAACUCUCCACUAUGACUUGUCCAUCUUGGGUGCCCUGCAUGGCAUAGUUCAUAGCUUCUCUGAGUUGUUCAAGCCCCUUCGCCACGACAAGGCAGUGAUCCAUGAAGGGGACAAACAGCUUAUAAAUACUAAUACAGUGGAUGCUCAGGUUGUGAACGUGAUGCGUGCGGGAAGUACAUUCGCAACCCACAGUGCCGUGUCUGCUCACGUGCGGGUUGCGAUUCAGCACUUCUGUGGAUGCGCAAAGUGCAAUUUAGCACUUCUGUGCAUGUGCAAGCACCGAAACCCAGAAGUAACCCAUUUCAGUACUUCCAGGUUCGGCACAGUGCGCAACCUGAAAUCAUGCAACCCGAAGUGUCUGUAACCCGAGGUAUGACUGUAGUAGUAGUAGUAGCAUUAACAACAACAACAAUAACAACAACAACAACUUUGGCAUUACAGUCAUACCUCAUUUACAGACGCUUCAGGUUACGUGUUUAAGGGUUGUGGACCGUGGGAAACCCAGAAGUACUGAAACGGGUUACUUCCGGCUUUUGCCGCUUGCGCAUGCGCAGAAGCGCCAAAUCGUGCCACCGCAGACGCGGCGCUUCAGGAUGCGAAUGCUGCAGGUUGUGGACGUGCCUCCGUCACGGAUUACAUCCGCAACCAGAGGUUCCACUGUAUCAGCACCAUGCUCUAACCAACUGGCAUACAAGGUCAGAAACCUCCAAUCCUGUAAGCCCAACCUAGAAUUGUGUCCAGGUUCCCAGAUGAUCUGCCCUCCGUACCACUUAGAAUCAUAGAAUCAUAGAGUUGGAAGAGACCACAAGGGCCAUCGAGUCCAACCCCCUGCCAAGCAGGAAACACCAUCAGAGCACUCCUGACAUAUGGUUGUCAAGCCUCUGCUUAAAGACCUCAGAGUGAAUAUGUGGCCUCUCAAAGACUUCUGCUAUGAAUCAGUCCCUGCAUUGAAAAAAGUAGCAUGGAAGCCAAAGGCUAGCUUGAAGUCUUUACUCUUAUGUGCUACAUUUCUAUGUGCGGUGAUUUUUGGGGGGGGGCAUUCAGAAAUGUUGUGGCAUGAAGUGAUAAAACCAAGACACAGACAGACCACCUCACUAGGUAAAGGUAAACGGACCCCUGGCCAUUAGGUCCAGUCGUGACUGACUCUGGGGUUGCGGCGCUCAUCUCGCUUUACUGGCUGAGGGAGCUGGCGUACAGCUUCCGGGUCAUGUGGCCAGCAUGACUAAGCCACUUCUGGCAAACCAGAGCAGCGCACGGAAACUCUGUUUACCUUCCCGCCGGAGCGGUACCUACUUAUCUACUUGCACUUUGUCGUGCUUUCAAACUGCUAGGUGGGCAGGAGCAGGGACCGAGCAACGGGAGCUCACCCCGUCGCGGGGAUUCAAACCGCCGACCUUCUGAUCGGCAAGUCCUAGGCUCUGUGGUUUAACCCACAGCGCCACCUCACUAGCCAUUAGCUAAUGAACCCUCAUUGCCACAGACGCCCAUAAUGCCUAUUUAAUUAUAGAGAUGUUAGAGACGAAGUGGGAUGUGCUUGUGGUGUUUUCAUUUUAUUUAUUUUUUUGCACUGAGGACUGCUGUCCUGCCCUGGAACGCCUCAGAGGUCAAUUUCUGACAUGGGUUUCUGAGCAAUUCCUGAUUUUUCCUAGCCUCCUGACCUGGUUCUUUCUCCGUUGCAGUUCCUCCAGGAUGUCCACAGGAGAUGGAAUGUAAACAUCUCUGAUAUCCAGAUCAACAGCGAAGUUCAUAAAAAAAUAAAAAUAAAAUAAAAACAAAACACAGGGGGUCAGGAUCCCUUGAAAAUAAUAAUGCUUAAUGAAGGCUUGUCUUUUUCAUAAACAACUUUUUCCACGAUCGCAUCCAUUCCUUGUUACCUUUCCCUUCCUUUCUUCUCUCCCACUUCUUCAACAAGCAUUUUGUGUGUUUCCCCUCUCCUAUACAGAAUUCAAGGAAGUCUUCAUGCUCUUUGACCGAACCCCGAAAGGGGAAGGGAAAAUCACGUACGCGCAGUGCGGAGACGUCUUGAGGGCUUGCGGGACAAAUCCCACCCAGGCGGAAGUUCUCAAAGUCCUCGGCCGGCCCAAACCUGAUGGUGAGAGACUUCUUGUCCUGUUUUCGUGACGGCAACUUCACCGGACAGGUUUCACUUCUCAGAUCUGUCUUAGGAGUGUUGGUGCCAAUGAGCUACAGGCUAUUGAGGAGGGGUCUCACUCUGACAUUUUAUUCCAUCACACACCAUCUAUGUAUAACACCGGUCUUGAAAGACCUACAUUGGCUCCCAGUACGUUUCUGAGCACAAUUCAAAGCGUUGGUGCUGACGCUGAAAGCCCUAAAUGGCCUUGGCCCAGUAUACCUGAAGGAGCGUCUCCACCCCCAUCGUUCUGCCCGGACACUGAGGUCCAGCUCUGAGGGCCUUCUGGCGGUUCCCUCCCUGAGAUGAGUGAGGUUACAGGGAACCAGGCAGAGGGCCUUCUCGGUGGUGGCGCCCGCCCUGUGGAACGCCCAGACACUGAGGCAUAGCUGUCAACUUUUUCCUUUUCUUGUGAGGAAUCCUAUUCGGAAUAAGGGAAUUUUCCUUAAAAAAAGGGAAAAGUUGACAGCUAUGCACUGAUGUCCAGCUCCGAGGGCCUUCUGGCGGUUCCCUCCCUGCGAGAAACCAAGUUACAAGGAACCAGGCAGAGGGCCUUCUCUGUGGUGGCACCCACCUUGUGGAACACCCUCCCACCAUAUGUCAAGGAAAUAAACAACUAUCUGACUUUUAGAAGACAUCUGAAGGCAGCCCUGUUUAGGGAAUUUUUUCAUGUUUGAUGUGUUAUCGUGUUUUUAAUUUUCUGUUAGGAGCUGCCCAAAGGGGUUGGGGAAACCCAGCCAGAUGGGUGGGGUAUAAAUAAUAAAAUAAGAUGGUGGUGGCGGCAGUGGUGAUGAUGUAGCCCUUACUGUGAUCUCAGAGCCUUCCUGUUAUAUUUUGGGUGUUCCCCUCGUUCCUUAUCGUUUGCAUCCUUAACUUGUAUUUGAAACCGAUGGCCAGCUCUAACCCGGUUUCCUGUUUGUCCAUCCUCAGAAAUGAACAACAAGAUGUUAGACUUCGACACCUUCCUGCCCAUGCUCCAGCACAUCUCCAAAGCCAAAGACACCGGGACCUACGAGGAUUUCGUGGAAGGCCUGCGGGUUUUCGACAAGGAAGGGAACGGCAAGGUCAUGGGAGCAGAACUUCGCCAUGUUUUGGCCACUCUGGGUAAGCGGAUCUAUAGUCCUACAACACAGCCCUCUAAGCCGAUUUUGCUGGAAUCGUAGACUCACAGAACUGUGGCUUUUGUUCUGUAUUUUUUAUCUUGUGAACUGCCUUGAGAUUUUCAGAUGAAGGGUGGUAUGUAGAUUUAAGAAAUAAAAUAAAUACAUAGUUGGAAGGAUCAUUAUCAUCAUUAAGAUUUACCUUAUUUUUCACCCUAUAGGAUGCACUUUUUCCCCUCCAAAAAUGAAGGGGAAAUGUGUGUGCGUCCUAUGGGGCGAAUACAGGCUUCAGGAAGCUCUGCUCAACCCUCGAGAGCCCGGCGUGAAGCCGUGCCGGGCUCCGGAGGGUUGCACGGAGCUGCCUGUAUUCCGAAGCCUCGGGCGCACUGAAGAGCGCGCCCGGGCUUCACGCAGCUCUCCGCAAGCCUGGGGAGACCAGCGCGGCUCCCUAGGCUUGCGGAUAGCAGGCUGUUCUGGGGGCUGGGGUCAAGCCUGUGCCUGGGGGGGAAAUAUUUUUUUUUCCGUUUAUUUCCCCCCCCCCCCAAAAAAACCUAGGUGCAUCCUAUGGGGCGGUGCGUCCUAUGGGGCGAAAAAUAUGGUAUAUACCGCCAUUCAACACAAGAUCUCAGAGCAGUUCACAAUGUAAACUAGCAGUGUACAUUUUGUGAUAUAUAUUGAUCUAAUCGUAACGUAUAACAAGCAUGUAAGGGUGUCGUCACGCUGAAGUUCACUUGGCCACAGACAGGUGGCGCUGUGAAUUACAGUGUAACGAUGGAGGGGCAGGACUGCCACAACACCUUCUCCACUUUGUUCCAACAUUUGAGAGGAGGGGGGGGUCACACGUCCCUCACCCACAUUGAAAGAUUAUGGAUUUGAUCAUGCAUAGGGAUGUGAGAAUCGGUCAAUUUUGAUUUCUCUCCCCCCCGCCCCAGUCUUCUGUUAAGUUCUCCACAUUUCCGUGUCAAUUUAUGGUUGACAUUUUCAAAGCCACCACAAAAAAACACACCAGCAAUUGGGUGCAAAAAUAUACACGCGUUCACGUGCAAUUUUUGCCGAAUUCGCACACUUUCGCAAAGUGUUUGUUCCCUAACAGAGUGCAUUUUUUGCAUGUUACUGUCUCCAAUAUAUAUAUUUUCAUGCACAAUUUAUUCCAGGAUAUGCCUUUCUUGUGAUCAUUAUGCAAGGCUCUCCUCGGUGUUGUUCAGACCCUGCCGUUGGUGCAGAAUGCUGCAGCGCAAUUGCUGACAGGAGAGAGACCCUGUAAGGCAUAUCCAGAUAUGUAGAAGGUUGCCAUGUGUCUUAAUCUGUGUGUGUGUGUGUGUGUAAAGGGACCCCUGACCAUUAGGUCCAGUCUUGACCGACUCUAGGGUUGUGGCGCUCAUCUCGCUUUAUUGGCUGAGGGAGCCGGCGUACAGCUUCCAGGUCAUGUGGCCACCAUGACUAAGCCGCUUCUGGUGAACCAGAGCAGCGCACGGAAACGCUGUUUACCUUCCCGCCGGAGUGGUACCUAUUUAUCUAGUUGCACUUUGACGUGCUUUCGAACUGCUAGGUUGGCAGGAGCCAGGACUGAGCAAUGGGAGCUCACCCCGUCAUGGGGAUUCGAACCGCCGACCUUCUGAUCGGCAAGUCCUAGGCUCUGUGGUUUAACCCACAGCGCCAGCCGCAUCCACACACACACACACACACACACACACACAUCAUUUUCAACCAUCAUUUAACAUAUUUUCUUAUCUUAUACAAUGUUUUGGACUUCCAUCGGCCACCUCUGAAGAUUUUUCAAUCUUUAUCACUUUAUCUACAUUUCUUAAUUUUUCUAUUACUUUUAAUCGUCCUCAACUAAUAACUCUCCUCAUAAUCUUCUCUGCAAUAUUUCGCACAGUCCCCCUUACAAAACGUCUUGCAGUCCUACUAGCGUAACCUGUUUAUUGCAAUUGCUUUUCAAAUAGUUCAAAUAUUUACUCCAGUCCUCCAAGAAUCUCUGGUCCUGCAAAGGGGAUAUUUAAUUUGGCACAUCUCCCCUGAGAAUCUUCUGCUAUUCUAUUCUAUUCUAUUUAAUGCAACAACUAUUCUAUUCUAUUUAAUGCAACAACUAUUCUAUUCUAUUUAAUGCAACAACUAUUCUAUUCUAUUUAAUGCAACAAAUAAUUUUAGUAGCCGUGACUGCGGUUUUAUUGUAUGUCUGUGCCUGAUUAUUUUUAUGGUUAUUGUUAUUGUUUUUUCCCUUCCCCCCUUUUUGUUCUCCUUCUGAAUAAUGCCAUGGCCUACUGCUAGUGCAAUAAAAAGUUUAAUUGGUUAAAAAUAAAAUAUAUGCAAACAGCUCUCUGUGCAGUCUUGAGGGCUAGAAAAACUUGUCCUUCAUUUCCCUUUUCUUUGCAAAAAAUGAAGUUAUUGGGAUAAGGAAUUCUCCAGCCGGAUGCUGUGAUCAAAGUCGAGCGGGGCGAAUGAUGACUUCAGGGUUUCUGAAUUUUCCGGCUUUGUUUCUGCUUGGAGAUCACAGUUAAUCUUGAGGGACCAAAGACUGUGAGCUGGAAGAUGUUGCUCUAAGCACUCUGAAAUUCCUCAUUUUGAUUGAAGAGGGAAUGCCAUGGUAGACAGUCAGAGAAAAAGUCUCUGAGCCAUUUUGACACCCAUCCUUCCUUUCAUGAUGUUUCUCUUCAAAUCCUUUUUCUACUGCCUUAAACAUAAUACUGAUUUCUGUAACAUACAUAUUACAUUCCUUUAUCUAUUUAAAAAUUAUUUAUACUUUUCAGGUUUCUACAUUUCACUGAUUUUACAAUCCUUUUUGACAUUUCAAAACUUGACUUCCUCCCCUCUCUAAAUUUAUUUUUAAUAUCUUCUGCAUAUCCAAAUUAACUUAAUUUGCUCAUUUAUUCAUCUACUUUAAAUAUGUACUUUAAACAUAUUACCAUAAUCAUGCCAAUGUUCUUAUCUGUUUACAAUUCAUCUGUAAAUAUUCAACAAACCAUUUCCAUUCUUUUAUUAAAAGUUUGUUAUCCUGAUUUCUUAUUCUUCCGGUAAGUUUCGCCAUUUCUGUAUAUUCCACAAGUUUUUGCAUCCAUUCCUCCUUUGCUGGGACUUCUGCUUCUUUCCAUAUUACAUUCCUUUAUCAUUCUCAUUCCUUUGUUUAUAUUUCCCUUCCUGCCUGCAAUUUCAUUUGACUAUAAUAUUAUCUCCAAAAAGGAUCUCCGCUCUUCCACAAACAUUUUAUCUUGUCUCUUGUUUUUGCUGUUAAUUUCACCAUCUCAAUAUAGUCCAAUGGUUUUAAAAGUCCACUCCUUUCUUGUUGGAACAACAACUUCUUUCCAUUUCUGGGCAUAUAGAAUUCUGGCUGCAGACAUACCGUAAUAUGCAGAUACAUUUUAACCAAUUUUUUUGGCCUGACUUGGCCAAAACUGGAAUCUUGCCCCCCCAAAUCAGUUAGUGAUUCGAGCUUUGACCGAAUCACAUAGCCUUACUUGUAAUUUCCUUUGGGCUCUUAACCCUGAAAAUUUGAGUAUUUAAUUAAUUUAAUCUUUUUUUCUGUUCCAGGUGAAAGGCUGACAGAGGAGGAGGUCGAUAAGCUAAUGGCCGGCCAGGAAGACUCCAAUGGUUGCAUCAGCUACGAAGGUACAGUGGUGCCUUGGUUCUCAAACUUAACCCGUUCCAGAAGUCUGUUCCAAAACCAAAACGUUCCAAAACGAAGGCGCAUUUUCCCAUAGAAAGUAAUGCAAAACGGAUUAAUCCAUUCCAGACUUUUAAAAACCACCCCUAAAACAGGGGUGGUUUUUAUGAAUUUUACUAUCUAACGAGACCACUGAUCCAUAAAAUGAAAGCAACAAUCAAUGUACUGUACUAUAAAAUAAGACAGAAUUGUAGAUGAUAAAAAUUAAAACUAAUUUUUUUUUCUUACCUAAACUGUUGAUAGUCAUUGUUUGGAUGGGGGGCUUUUAUCCAUUUCUGCAGUCACACAAUCAAUCAAUCGGUAGCUGAGCACAGUCACAAAAACAAAUUAACUGAAAAGGCCUCAAAAACAAAAACACAAAAUAAAUAACCCUUAUAGCACAGACUUAAGGUGGACUUUGGGAAGGAGGUGUGAGGCUCUGGCAGGGUCCUAGAGCCUUCCUACCUCUUUCCCAAAGCCUGGUAAGCGCUUGCCAAGUUUUGGGAAGGAGGAAGGAGAAGAAGAAGGGUUUGGAUUUGAUAUCCCGCUUUAUCACUACCCGAAGGAGUCUCAAAGCGGCUAACAUUCUCCUUUCCCUUCCUCCCCCACAACAAACACUCUGUGAGGUGAGUGGGGCUGAGAGACUUCAGAGAAGUGUGACUAGCCCAAGGUCACCCAGCAGCUGUAUGUGGAGGAGCAGGGACGUGAACCCAGUUCACCAGAUUACGAGUCUACCGCUCUUAACCACUACACCACACUGGCUCUCACACUGGCUAUCUUGUCAGAGUCCUCAUGCCUCCUUCCCAAAGCCGGAUAAGCGCUUCCUGGGCUUUGAGAAGCUGCCCUCCUUGGCUUUGCACCCGGUGCAACCACAACUGCUGUUCGCACUGCCCUAAACCCACCUCUGAGCUCAACGUGCUUCUCCUUUUACGCCAUUUUACCCUCAUAACAUGCCUGCGAGGUAGGCUAGUCCAGGAGACAGAGCAGCCUUUCUCGGAAUGAAGGUGCUCCCAGUUAAGGUUUCCACCCCAAUCACUUCUGUGCCUUGCAACCCGAUCUCGCAACCACUGUGCUUUUCAUGUAGGUACCUUAUCUGCUCUACGUGACCUUGGACUGAUAGGCUGGACACUUUCCAGUUAGCUCUCUCUUCCAGUUAUUCUUCACUUUGCUGUUCACCCCCCAGUUUGUCUCUGUGGGAAUGUUCAGGGAGGCAGGAGAGGAUAUAUUGUUUAUUAAUAUCCUUCCUAACUUACGCUAGCAAGUUCCUUUACUUAGCAGAGUUUUAUAUUCCCCUUUUAAACGCACAGAGGGUAGCUGGUUGCAGGCUUCUGUAAGCCUCUCACUAUCAUACGAAUUGUAUGUUCCUGGUAAGUCCCCUUAUAUCCCUCUUCAAAGAAUAAAGAUGCCACAAUCUUAUGUAAAGUCAAUAAAAGAAGUUUACUUACAACAUCAGUUCACAGAUGGAUCCCUGAAGGCAGACUUACUUACUUAGUAUAUACAUGUGGAGCUAUCCCAUAGGGCAGUGGUUCUCAACCUGUGGGUCCCCAGAUGUUGUUGGACUACAACUCCCAUCAUCCCUGAGCUCUGGCCUUGCUAGCUAGGGGUGAUGGGAGUUGUAGUUCAACAACAUCUGGGGACCCGCAGGUUGAGAAAGGCUGCCAUAUGGGGAUAAUCCCAGUGUCCUCUGUUGGCUGGAAGCUAACAGAGUGUCUCUAGCUAAAAAGCUGCUCCGACGAUGGAGGAAGUCAAAGAGAGAGAGAGAGUGCUACAUGCCCUGUCCUUUUGUUACCUGGACAGGUGAGGUCACGCCCACCUCUAGUCACAUGCAAAGGAAGUAUGCCCCAGCCAGGAGGAAACAGGAAGUUUUCGACUGGCUGGAACAAACAUUCCCCUGCAUGUCCACUCUAGGAAAACAAGGAAUGUUGUACUUGACUGCUACUUAUGUAUCACAUCCCACAGUCUCAACUUUUGCCUUCAGAACUAUGCCCCUCUGCAAACCGCUGCUCCAUAUCUAUACUGCUCCAUUGUUCCUGGGCAACUUCAGGAUUCUGGUCAGGAGCAGCGGGAGGGAGACGUUCCCACCAUUACUCAUCAGAGCAGUACUCCUCAGCCUGGUCUUUGACACCCAGUGAGAUUCAUGACUGAGUCAGGAUUCAGACCCUCAUAUCCCAAGCUCUAGCCCAACACUCUAACCAUUAUACAACACCACCUCUGAGACAGUAAUGACUCUCUUCCUUUUUCCCCCCAGCGUUUGUGAAGCAUAUCAUGGCAAGUUGAAUGGCAGGUAAGCAGAACAAGGUCAUCAUUCUUUUGUUUUUGAAACCCCACCCCACCCACCACCCCAGAUACGAUAAGAAAAUGUUUAUUGUCAUUGUCCCAUACAGAACAACAAAAUUGAAAAAUCUACAUCAGACAUUCAAAAACCAACAAUCCUGCUAUCCCAGCCUAGUUAGCCCCCUAAAAACUCUGAUACCCCAUAAUUAAAUACAAUAUACUCACAUAGAGACUACCUUACACUGCGUAUAAAACCAAAAUUGCAUUUGGAUAGAAACUGUUUCUCAGGCGGCUAGUCCUAGUCUUUAUAACCCUGGACCUUCUUCCAGAAGGCAGAAGCUGAAAGAGAUCUUCAAUAGAUCGAUCCAUAUACAGCAAAAGGGUGAGGAAACUGUGAUUCUCCAGAUGUUGUGAAGUGAUGGGAGUUGGCUUGCAUCUAGAACAUCUGGAGAGCUACAGUUAUUCACAAAAGGUUGGUUUUGGGAUGAAUGGGACUAUAUUUAUGUAGCUUUCCAUUAUUAGAUAAUUUCAGUGAAGGGCCCUUGCUGAUUAUCCAAAAUGAAGGGCUUUAUUUGACAAGAUGGAAUUGGUGCAGAGGAAGAAGACCAAGAUGAUCAAGGGUCUGGAAACCAAAACUUUUGAGGAAUGGUUGAGAGAGAUGGGUAUGUGUAGCCUGGAGAAGAGGAGAUAUGAAAGGCCAUCUUCCAAUAUCUGGAAGGGCUGUCCAUGGAAGAUGGAGCAAGCUUGCUUUCUGCUGCUCCUGAGGGUAGGAACCAAACCAACUGAGUCAAACGACAAGAAUCAAGUGGUUUGGGUUUCAAGUACGCAUUGGGAGGAACUUCCUGAUGGUAAGAACUGUUCAACAGCAGAACAGAUUUCCUUGGAAGGUGGUGGACUCUCCUUCCUUGGAGAUUUUUCAAUGGAGGUUGGAUAAUUAAUAAUAAUAAUAAUAAUAAUAAUAAUAAUAAUAAUAAUAAUAAUUUAUUAUUUAUACUCUACCCAUCUGGCUAGGUUUCCCCAACCACUCUGGGUGGCUUCCAACAGACUAUUAAAAUACCAUAGUCUAUUAAACAUUAAAAGCUUCCCUAAACAGGGCUGCCUUCAGAUGUCUUCUAAAAGUCUGGUAGUUGUUUUUCUCUUUGACAUCUGAUGGAAGGGCGUUCCACAGGGUGGGCACCACUACUGAGAAGACCCUCUGCCUGCUUCCCUGUAACUUGGCUUCUCGCAGUGAGGGAACUGCCAGAAGGCCCUCGGAGCUGGACCUCAGUGUCUGGGCAGAACGAUGGGGGUGGAGACUUUCCUUCAGGCAUACUGGGCUGAGGCCGUUUAGGGCUUUAAAGGUCAGCACCAUCACUUUGAAUUGUGCUCAGAAACGUACUGGGAGCCACUGUAGGUCUUUCAGGACCGGCAGCCACUCCCAGUUACCAGUCUAGCUGCCGCAUUCUGGAUUAGUUGUAGUUUCCUGGUCACCUUCAAAGGUAGCCCCAUGUAGAGCGCAUUGCAGUAGUCCAAGCGGGAGAUAACCAGAGCAUGCACCACUCUGGCGAGACAGUCCACAGGCAGGUAGGGUCUCAUCCUGCAUACCAGAUGGAGCUGGUAGACAACUGCCCUGGACACAGCACUGACCUGCGUCUCCAUGAACAGCUGUGAGUCCAAAAUGGCUCCCAGGCUGUGCACCAGGUCCUUCAGCGGCACAGUCACCCCACUCAGGACCAGGGAGUCCUCCACAUAAUCUGUCACGGAUUCUUGAGCUGUGAUGCCUGCAUUGCAGGGGGUUGGACUACAUGACCCUGUACCCCUCGAAGAGCUGCCAUUCUCAGAGUGGUUUAACUAUCAAUCCCUGUUCCUAGGGAACUCUGGGAAUUGUGGCUUUGGGCAGAGAAUUGUUGUUGUUGUUGUUUAGUUGUGUCCGACUCUUCGUGACCCCAUGGACCAGAGCACGCCAGGCACUCCUGUCCUCCACUGCCUCCCGCAGUUUGGUCAAACUCAUGCUGGUAGCUUCAAGAACACUGUCCAACCAUCUCGUCCUCUGCCGUCCCCUUCUCCUUGUGCCCUCCAUCUUUCCCAGCAUCAGGGUCUUUUCCAGGGAGUCUUCUCUUCUCCUGAGGUGGCCAAAGUCUUGGAGCCUCAGCUUCAGGAUCUGUCCUUCCAGUGAGCACUCAGGGCUGAUUUCCUUCAGAAUGGAGAGGUUUGAUCUUCUUGCAGUCCAUGGGACUCUCAAGAGUCUCCUCCAGAACCAUAGUUCAAAAGCAUCCAUUCUUCGGCGAUCAGCCUUCUUUAUGGUCCAGCUCUCACUUCCAUACAUCACUACGGGGAAAACCUUAGCUUUAACUAUACGGACCUUUGUCGGCAAGGUGAUGUCUCUGCUUUUAAGGAAGGAUGUCUAGGUUUGUCACUGUGGGCAGAGAAUAGGGACCUCCAAACAACUCUCAGCCCCCUGAACAAACUACAGCUCCCAGGAUUCUUUGGGGCAAACGAGAGCUGUUUAAAGUGGUAUCCUAUAGCCUUAAAUGUAGAACGCAGCCGAUUUUGCCAUUGCAAAGGAGCUCCGAUCAGCUCUUCCACAGUCACUGAGUCCAUAUUUCUUCCUGGAAGAAAAACACACACAGAACAGCAACAGAAACAUCUGAUUUCUCAGAACCUCUGCUGAUCUCUUUUAGGCUCUUUGGUGGGGGUGACCUAGGAUGCAACCACAACUUUGUGGGCAAAGGGGGAAAAAACAAUCUGUGUGUCUUAGAUAAAUUAGAAAACAAUCCAAACUCUGUACUAUCAGUUCCUGUUUUCCCGCUGCUCUGGUUUAUUUAUCUGUCGUUGCCUCCUGAUCUUGUUUGCUCAGGGAGAUCUGAAAUUAUCCCAGCUUGUGGGGCCGAAGCUCUUUAAAACAUGGGUUUUCAUCCGGUCAGCAAAACCCCAGGGAGAGAGCAAACCAGAGGAGAAGAUAAAGUCAGGAUGCUGAGUUCGAGUGAAUGGCAAGGAGAAAGAGGACAGAGGACAGUUUUCUUCCCUCUCUUCUCAAGGGCAUGGAACGCAGCUGAGAGCUGGAAGAUUUGGGCAGAUAAACGAUGGACUUAUUCACGUACCACAGAGUUAAGCUAUGGAACUCUCACAGGAGUCAGGGACAGCCGCCAAUGUGGGUGGCUUUAACAGAGGAUUGGGCAAAUUUGUGGAGGAAGAGAGAAGGGCCACCGAUGACUUGUAGCCAGGAGGGCUAUGCUGAGAUUUCACAGAGCCAGGAAAUCCUUCUGAAUUCCUCAGUGUGGACUGAGACCCCCCCUGGUUCCGAGUCUGAGCCCGAGUCCCAGGGCAUCACACUGAUGUUCUUAGACUCUUUGCCCUGCAAUAGCUAAUCCAUCGUCAAAGCAUAUUCUUAGAUGAGUGACUAGUGGGGUGCCACAGGGUUCUGUCUUGGGCCCGGUCUUAUUCAACAUCUUUAUCAACGACUUGGAUGAUGGACUCAAGGGCAUCCUGAUCAAAUUUGCAGAUGACACCAAACUGGGAGGGGUGGCUAACACCCCAGAGGACAGGAUCACACUUCAAAAUGACCUUGACAGAUUAGAGAACUGGGCCAAAACAAACAAGAUGAAUUUUAACAGGGAGAAAUGUAAAGUAUUGCACUUGGGCAAAAAAAAUGAGAGGCACAAAUACAAGAUGGGUGACACCUGGCUUGAGAGCAGUACAUGUGAAAAGGAUCUAGGAGUCUUGGUUGACCACAAACUUGACAUGAGCCAACAGUGUGACACGGCAGCUAAAUAGCCAAUGCAAUUCUGGGCUGCAUCAAUAGGAGUAUAGCAUCUAGAUCAAGGGAAGUAAUAGUGCCACUGUAUUCUGCUCUGGUCAGACCUCACCUGGAGUACUGUGUCCAGUUCUGGGCACCACAGUUCAAGAAGGACACUGACAAACUGGAACGUGUCCAGAGGAGGGCAACCAAAAUGGUCAAAGGCCUGGAAACGAUGCCUUAGGAGGAACGGCUAAGGGAGCUGGGCAUGUUUAGCCUGGAGAAGAGGAGGUUAAGGGGUGAUAUGAUAGCCAUGUUCAAAUAUAUAAAAGGAUGUCACAUAGAGGAGGGAGAAAGGUUGUUUUCUGCUGCUCCAGAGAAGCGGACACGGAGCAAUGGAUCCAAACUACAAGAAAGAAGAUUCCACCUAAACAUUAGGAAGAACUUCCUGACAGUAAGAGCUGUUUGACAGUGGAAUUUGCUGCCAAGGAGUGUGGUGGAGUCUCCUUCUUUGGAGGUCUUUAAGCAGAGGCUUGACAACCAUAUGUCAGGAGUGCUCUGAUGGUGUUUCCUGCUUGGCAGGGGGUUGGACUCGAUGGCCCUUGUGGUCUCUUCCAACUCUGAUUCUAUGAUUCUUUUCUGUUUGUAUCAGCUUCCCUGUCUCAACCCCCCACCUUCCCUGGGAUGGAUGUGGGGGGAGAAAUUUGGUUCUGUUCACACCUGAAGGCACACCUACCUCCUCGAAAACAAUACACAAACCAUAAACUAAAAAAAAAAAAAAAGCACUUCCCUGAAUUUUGCAAGGUUCUUUUCUGGCUAAGGAACACCUACCCCCAAAAAAUGUCUAUACAGUGGUACCUCGGGUUACAGACGCUUCAGGUUACAGACUCCGCUAACCCAGAAAUAGUACCUCGGGUUAAGAACUUUGCAUCAGGAUGAGAACAGAAAUCGGGCUCUGGCGGCGCAGCAGCAGCAGCAGCAGGCCCCAUUAGCUAAAGUGGUGCUUCAGGUUAAGAACAGUUUCAGGUUAAGAACGGACCUCCGGAAUGAAUUAAGUACUUAACCCGAGGUACCACUGUACUAGGGUAAUGCAUGCAGAAGAAGAUACAAAAUGCAUCACCAAUUGGGGCGAUUUGCUGGCAAGAUGUGUACUCUGGACAAGAUGGAUUAUAAGAAUGUGUGCAUAAGGAGAAAAUUGCUGCAUGAUGCUGAACUGAAAAUUACUCAAAAGGACUUUUUUUAAAAAAAAUCGGAAACUGAUGUGGAAAUUUGGACUGAACCUAAGGCUGGAAAAAUAAGGAGCAGAAAGAAAACGAAAAUGUUUUCCCUCGUCCUUCCUUCUUUUCCUUUCAUCACAGCAAAUUACUGUAUUAUUCUGAUCUUCCUUUUGGAAGUACGUGAUAGAGACCAGAAAAAAUUGUUUGGUCUGCUUUCCACAGUGGACCAAUCAGAUUUGAGGCUUCCAAACUUGCUCAAGACCCUGUGAGAUGCACAUUUCUCUGGAUUUGCUGAAGCAGCAUUUAAUGAAGCAGUUGGUAGUGUGCAAAAGAUGAACACAGAAAAUAUAUACCGGUAUUUUAUGUUAAAAUCUAAUAGAAAAAAGUAUGAAAGAGUUGAAAAGCACCGAAGGAUUCUUAUUUUACAUUUUUAGAAAUGUGUAGUUUACAUUGCAAACGAGCACAUUUUAAAUGUGUGCACAACUUUUGCAUGCGCACAUCUUUUUUUAAAAAUAAAUAAAUCGCAGAAUCUGCACGCAAAGCAACAGAUCUGCAACUGAGCUCCAGUGAAAUGAAACAGGACAGAAUUGGCUACUCUGUCCAUCUCUAAUAUAUGGACUCCACAGAGUAGACCACAGCAAGUAAUUUGUGAAGGAACCUGCUGGAUCCCUGUACACUCUCUGUGGAUCUUUACAGUCCAUCCUGCCUUGUGAGUUGAGUCGCUCAGACAGACUCACUUAUGGUGUACCUUGGUUCUCAAACUUAGUUCAUUCCAGAAGUCCGUUCCAAAACCAAAGCGUUUCAAAACCAAGGCGUGCUUUCCCAUAGAAAGUAAUGCAAAACAGAUUAAUCUGUUCCAGAUUUUUUAAAGCAACCCCUAAAAGAGCAAUUUACUAUAAAAUAAAUAAGACAGUAGAUGAUAAAAAUUAAAUUUAUUAUUAUUUUCUUAGCUGCACUGAUGAUAGUCCUUGUUUGGAUGGGGGGCUUUGAUCCAUUUCCACAGUCACACAAUCAAUCAAUCAAUCAAUCAAUCAAUCAAUCAGUAGCUGAACUGGGUUCCACACAGUCACAAAAACAAAUUAACUGAAAAAGCCUCAAAAACAAAAACGCAAAAUAAACAGCAAUAACAAAAGUGCCAAAUACAGUGAUACUUUGGUUCUUGAACUUAAUCCAUUCCUGAAGUCCGUUUGACUUCCGAAAUGUUCGAAAACCAAGGCAGGGCUUGUGAUUGGUGCAGGUGUCCUGGAAACAAUAGCCGACAGCCACAUCGGACGUUCGGGUUCCGAAAAACGUUCGAAAACCGGAACACUUACUUCUGGGUUUUAGACAUUUGGGAACCAAGGCGUUUGAGAACCAAGGUACCACUGUAUUAAGGAAAAUACGGGGGACUUCCUGAUGUGGGCGGUUCCUCAAUUAUUAUUUUUUUAAAAAAAUGUUGCUUUGGGGAAUAAUAAUAAUAAUAAUAAUAAUAAUAAUAAUAAUAAUUUAUUAUUUGUACCCCGCCCAUCUGGCUGGGUUUCCCCAGCCACUCUGGGCAGCUUCUAAUAAAAGAUUAAAAAUACAUUAAAACAUCAGUCAUUAAAAACUUCCCUAAACAGGGCUGCCUUCAGAGGUCUUCUAAAAGUCUGGUAGUUGUUCUUCUCUUUGACAUCUGGCGGGAGGGCGUUCCACAGGGCGGGUGCCACCACCGAGAAGGCCCUCUGCCUGGUUCCCUGUAACCUUACUUCUCGCAGGGAGGGAACUGCCAGAAGGCCCUCAGCACUGGACCUCAGUGUCCGGGCAGAACGAUGGGGGUGGAGACGCUCUUUCAGGUACACUCGACCGAGGCCGUUUAGGGCUUUCAAGGUCAGCACCAACACUUUGAAUUGUGCUCGGAAACGUACUGGGAGCCAAUGUAGGUCUUUCAGGAGCAGUGUUAUGUGGUUUUGGCAGCCACCCCCAGUCACCAGUCUAGCUGCCGCAUUCUGGAUUAGUUGCAGUUUCCAGGUCACCUUCAAAGGUAGCCCCACAUAGAGCGCAUGGCAGUAGUCCAAGCGGGAGAUAACUAGAGCAUGCACCACUCUGGCGAGACAGUCCACAGGCAGGUAGGGUCUCAUCCUGUGUACCAGAUGGAGCUGGUAAACAGCUGCCCUGGACACAGAAUGGAUCUGCGCCUCCAUGGACAGCUGUGAGUCCAAAAUAGGAAGCUCCCAAGCAGGGCAUAAAGAAAACAGAUUGCCAAUCCCAGCAGCUAGUACCAAGAGAGAUACACUGCCCCUGAAUAUGGAAGCUCUGCUAAUUGGUAGCUGCCUCCUUAAAAGGUAAAGGGACCCCUGACCAUUAGGUCCAGUCAUGGACGACUCUGGGGUUGCGGCACUCAUCUCGCUUUCUUGGCCGAGGGAGCCAGGUCAUGUGGCCAGCAUGACUAAGCCGCUACUGGCGAACCAGAGCAGCGCACGGAAAUGCUGUUUACCUUCCCGCCGGAGCAGUAUCUAUUUAUCUACUUGCACUUUUGACGUGCUUUCGAACUGCUAGGUUGGCAGGAGAAGGGACCGAGCAACGGGAGCUCACCCCGUCACGGGGAUUCGAACUGCCGACCUUCUGACCGGCAAGUCCUAGGCUCUGUGGUUUAACCCACAGCGCCACCCGCAUCCCGGUAAGCCUAUCUAAAACCAUCCAAGCCCCCAUCUCGCCGGGCAGCAGCAAAACCCACCACGUGGAAACCUUUGCUCCUUCCUUAUCCCAGAGCUUGUGAGUCACUCUCCGUCUCUUCCGAUACCUUUUCCCAUGUGGGAUGUUGUUUAAUUCUCAGCCCACACACAGAGCAACCUCCUUUGCUGGCUCCUUUUCUUGCACAGGCUGCGAAAUCUCGAUAAUCUGGAGCAAUUUGUUACAUCCGGCCGCGGCUUAUUUUUUUGACCUCCGGGGGUCAAGUACUUGCCUGGCUCGCGGCCCGUUCUUGUCAGAUAACUUACAGCUCCUAUAUAGGCACUUUUCCCAGAUUCCUUCUUCUGCGACUUCUUGCCUUGAGUAAUUCAGCGAAGUUGUAGCCAACGUUGCCCAUUGCAUCUAUAUCUAUACCUAUAUCAUCUAUAUCUAUAUCAUCUAUAUCUAUAUCAUCUAUAUCUAUAUCUAUAUCUAUCUCCCUCGGUGGUUUGAUAUCUUUUUCCCCCAAUUUUUUUUUAUUGAUUUUCCACAUUUAUAACAAAUAUAAGAAAAACACAAAACAAAACAUCUUACAAUACUAAAAGAAAAAAGAAAAAAAGCAGUCAUUACUUUCAAAAUCCAAGUUAACUUUCACUGUAGUCUGACUUCCUCGAUUCCACCCCUAACUCAAUUUCAUUGUAACACCUUUUUAACAGGUCUCCAAAAUCCUCUUUCUAAUACAAUUAACUCCUCUUCAACUAACUAUCUUCAUCUCUUUUCUUUUUGACUUAAAUCCAUAUUACUCUACAACAUUAUUAUUCUAAUCCUAGGCCUAUCAGAUACUUUCAAGUAUCUUCUAAUUAUCUUAUAUUACAAUAUUUAGCUAAAUAGUCUUUAAAUUUCUUCCAGUCUUCUUGGUCUCCUCUUCUUUCUGAUUCUCCCAGUCAGUUCAGCCAGCUCCAAAAACUCCAACAUCUUCAACUGCCAUUCUUCUACCCUUGGUAUUUCUUGGGAUUUCCAUUUUUUUGCUAAUAGCAGUCUUGCCGCUGUAGUGGCGUACAAAAAUAAUCUAACAUCUUUUUUGGGCAAUUCUAAUCCUUUUUGGGGGUUUGAUAUCUUGAAGUGUAUCGGGAUCUUUACAGUAGCAAUUUAUUCUGAGUCAGUUCUUAAAGUUCCCAUACUUUUUUGGGGGGUCCCACUGCCCCCCUUGUUCCAUAAAUUCAUCCCCAGCACCCCCUGACCUACCCUAUAAAAAGCAUUAUUCAGAAGAGCGGUUUGCAUGACCCACAAAGGAAGAUAACAACACGAUAAAAUUCAAAGCAGAAACAAUUAAUGGCACAUUGAGUUGAGUUUUUUUGCUUAUCUGCAAAUCUAUAUAUAGCAAUGGACAGAUCAAUACGGGCAGAAUAUUCCCCCCCCCAAAAAAAAACAACUUCAGCUGGCUGCAUUUCCACAGAAUUUGCAAAUCUUCCUUUCCAAACAGAUUGCAGAGAAAGCCACGGGCCUUUACAUGCACAUUUCCCUUGCAUGGGAAUUAUUGUAAAUAAUUUUGCCCGGCAUUCACAUUCCUGCAUGCAAUCUUGCACUUACUUUUUUAUUUUUCACUAAUAUUUGCAGUUUUGUGGACACUUUUUUUUUUUUGGCUGUGGAAGAACUGCACCACGAGAUUCAAUUAAAAAAAAAAAGAAUAGAUUUUUUUGCAUUGCUUCUUGGUUUCGGAAGUGUGAAUUAGAGGUUAACACCGAACUAAUUCCUCUAUAUCUAGUUAGGUAGCUACUGAGCAUCUAUGUAUUACCAUUAUUAUAAGUAUAUUCCACCUUUUCUCCAAGGAGCUCAAGGUAGCAAACAGACUUCUCCCCAUCACCAUUUUAUCCUCACAUAUCACAGGUUAGACUGAGAGACAACAAUUGGCCUAUGGCCACUCAGUGAGCUUCAUAGCUGAAUUAAGAUUUCAACUCUCAUCUCUCAGGUUGUAGUCCAACAGCCUAGUCAUUAUGCCAUACUUACUGUUUUCUCUAUCUAUCUAUCAUCUAUCUAUCUAUCUAUCUAUCUAUCUAUCUAUCUAUCUAUCUCUCAUCUAUCUAUCUAUCUAUCUAUCUAUCAUCUAUCUAUCUAUCUAUCUAUAUCUAUCUAUCUAUCAUCUAUCUAUCUAUCUAAUCUAUCAUCUAUCUAUCAUCUAUCUAUCUACCUAUCUAUCUAUCUACCUAUCUAUCUAUCAUCUAUCUAUCAUCUAUAUCAUCUAUCUAUCUAUCUAUCUAUCUAUCUAUCUAUCUAUCUCUAUCUAUCAUCUAUCUAUCUAUCUAUCUAUCUAUCUAUCUAUCUAUCUAUCUAUCUAUCUAUCUAUCUAUCUCUAUCUAUCUAUCAUCUAUCUAUCUAUCUAUCUAUCUAUCUAUCUAUCUAUCUAUCUAUCUAUCUCAUCGACCAAUCCAUCCAUCGAUCUCUCCCCCCAUCUUGUUUUAAUUUCUUCUCUUUUUUUGCUAAUAAUAAUAAUAAUAAUAAUAAUAAUAAUAAUAAUUUAUUUAUACCCCACCCAUCAGGCCGGGCCUCCCCACCCACUCUGGGCAGCAUCCAACAAAAUAUUAAAAUACAGUAAUGCAUCAAACAUUAAAAGCUUCCCUAAAGAGGGCUGCCUUCAGGUGCCUUCGAAAAGUCUGGUAGUUGUUUUUCUCUUUGACAUCUGGUGGGAGGGCGGGGUUCCACAGGGCGGGUGCCACUACCAAGAAGGCCCUCUGCCUGGAUCCCUGUAACUUGGCUUCUCGCAGGGAGGGAACCGCCAGAAGGCCCUCGGCGCUGGACCUCAGUGUCCGGGUAGAACGGUGGGGGUAGAGACGCUCCUUCAGGUAUACUGAGCCGAGGCUGUUGAGGGCUUGAAAGGUCAGCACCAACACUUUGAAUUGUGCUCGGAAAUGUACUGGGAGCCAAUGUAAGGUCUUUCAAGACUGGUGUUAUAUGGUCAAUCCCCAAGUGUUUCUGAACUGCAGUAGCAAAUGAAUAAAACUUUGUUUCCAACUUUGCUUUUAGGCCACGUCAACCAGAACUGGAUACCGAGAUUGGAUUUCAACUGAACCCGUGGAAUGGAAUUAGUAUUUCUAGUUGGAAUUGAUGCUCAGAUUCCAUCAACUGUCUUGUGUUUGUCUCUGUCCCUCUGGAAUGGGGUCUUUUUCACUCUGUCUGGCCACCAGCUACCCUAUUCCUCACAUCCUCCGCCAUGUCGUUCCCUCUGCUUGGAACAGCCACCUCCGCUUCCUUCUCCCGAAUGAGCCCAACCCUCUCCACAGACCCACUUCCACUGGUUUCUCUCCAUCCCCUUAAUUCUUUGGGGCACCUCCACCUUAUCCCUGUCUUUAUCGUGUAAUAAAGACUAUAGAUCCCUGAGCUCGGAUGCUGUGACUCAUUGUUCUAGGCAAAGACCAAUGCUGGCACUCGAUUAGCUUGAAAUUGUAGUCCUCGUCUACUACUAGUAGUAACAUAAUAGUAAUUUACUACUAGUAGUAACAAAAUAGUUAUUUACUACUAUUAGAGAUAGUCCUGGCAACUAAGCACUAUUAGGCCUCUCUUGCUGACACACACAAAAGCAUUAAUCUUUGGCUCCUGUAUGUAGCUGUGCUAAAAUGGUUAUAGCUAGCAAAGCUACCUCAUGUUCCAGAGAAGUUAGCCAUUUCACAAAAAUGGUUAUUGGGAUGUAUAAUAAUAAUAACAAUAAUGAUGAUGAUAAUUUAUUAUUUGUACCCUACCCAUCCAGCUGGGUUACCCCAUCCACUCUGGGUGGCUCCCAACAGAAUAUUAAAAAUAUGAUAAAACAUCAAACAUUAAAAACUUCCCUAUACAGGGCUGCCUUCAGAUGUCUUCUAAAAGUCAGAUACCUGUUUAUUUCCUUACAAUCUGGUGGGAGGGCGUUCCACAGGGAGGGCACCACCACCAUGAAGGCCCUGUAACUUCCCUGUAACUUGGCCUCUCGCAGUGAGGGAACCGCCAGAAGGCCCUCGCAGCUGGACCUCAGUGUCCGGGCAGAACGAUGGGGGUGGAGACACUCCUUCAGGUACACUGGGCCGAGGCCGUUUAGGGCUUUAAAGGUCAGCACCAACACUUUGAAUUGUGCUCGGAAACGUACUGGGAGCCAGUGUAGGCCUUUCAAGACCGGUGUUAUGUGGUCUUGGCGGCCGCUCCCAGUCACCAGUCUAGCUGCCGCAUUCUGAAUUAGUUGUAGUUUCCGGGUCACCUUGAAAGGUAGUCCCACGUAGAGCGCAUUGCAGUAGUCCAAGCGGAAGAUAACCAGAGCAUGCACCACUCUGGCGAGACAGUCUGCAGGCAGGGAGGGUCUCAUCCUGCGUACCAGAUGGAGCUGGUAGACAGCUGCCCUGGACACAGAAUUGACCUGCACCUCCAUGGACAGCUGUGAGUCCAAAAUGACUCCCAGGCUGCACACCUGGUCCUUCAGGGGCAUAGUUACCCCAUUCAGGACCAGGGAAUCCUCCACACCCGCCUGCCUCCUGUCCCCCCAAAACAGUACUUCUGUCUUGUCAGGAUUCAACCUCAACAAAGCCAAACAAAGCUUGCCAGAAAGAAAAAGAGGACUCUGCUUUUAUACUCAGUCACACCAUUGCUCCACCUAACUCAGUGUUCUCCCCACUGAACAAAAACAGUGGCUCUCCUGGACUUCAGUCAAGGGAUUCCAGGGAUCCACCGGAAGAUGCCAGCAAAGAUCGAACCUCACACUUUCUGCAGGUAAAGAAGAAGAAGACAUCAAACAAACACCUUCACACUUUCUCCUUGUCUGUCUGGGAACCUGGGAGCAGAAGGAGAAAGGUCCCCUCCAUCGAGCGAUCUGUUGAUGACUAACAGUUGUCCAUUUUUGCUGCCUGGUACCUGGAUAAUAAAUAUUUGCAUCGUCAUUUAUCUAUUUAUUUGCUUGCUGACUUACUUAGGAGUAUUUAUACGCUGACUACUACUCAAAGUUUUCUCUCUUUUGUCAAAUUUUUUUUUAUUAAGUGUUACAUUGCAAAUUAAGGGACGCGGGUGGCGCUGUGGUCUAAACCACUGAGCCUAGGACUUGCCGAUCAGAAGGUCGGCGGUUCGAAUCCCCGCGACGGAGUGAGCUCCCGUUGCUCAGUCCCUGCUCCUGCCAACCUAGCAGUUCGAAAGCAUGUCAGAGUGCAAGUAGAUAAAUAGGUACCGCUGCAGCGGGAAGGUAAACGGCGUUUCCGUGCGCUGCUCUGGUUCGCCAGAAGCGGCUUAGUCCUGCUGGCCACAUGAUCCGGAAGCUGUACGCCAGCUCCCUCAGCCAAUAAAGCGAGAUGAGCGCCGCAACCCCAGAGUCGGUCACGACUGGACCUAAUGGUCAGGGGUCCCUUUACCUUUACCUUUACGUUGCAAAUUAAAAUUCAAAGAUCAUCGUUUAGGACAGGGGUCAGCAACCUUUUUUAGCCAUGGGCCGGUCCACUGUCCCUCAGACCUCGUGGGGGACCAGACUAUUUUUUUUGGGGGGGGGGGAGAAAUGAACGAAUUCCUAUGCCCCACAAAUAACCCAGAGAUGCAUUUUAAAUAAAAGCACACAUUCUACUCAUGUAAAAACACUACUCAUGUAAAAACACAUCGUCCGCAGGCUGGAUUUAGAAGGCAAUUGGGCCAGAUCCGGCCCCCGGGCCUUAGUUUGCCUACCCAUGAUUUAGGAUUUCCUGAAUUCUGCGACUCCCCUCUGCCCUUCCCUGGUUACCAUUAUCAAUCUUUUUUCAACUGCUUCUCUUAUUUUUUCUCUCUUUUUUAAAAAAUAGUCCAUUUUAACCAUAAUUUUUUGUACAUUACAAGCAUUACUCAAAGCCUGCCAGCUGUUUUAGUUGUUUACAGUGUUCUCUUAAGUACGUUGUAAAUUUCCCCCAUUCCUUCUUAAAGUUCUUCUCUUCCUGGUUUCUGAUUUUCCGGGUCAAUUUUGCCGUUUUGGCAUAGUUCAUCAUCUUCAUCAACCAUUCAUCUCUGGUUGGGACUUAAUCUUCUUUCCAUCUCUGGGCCAGUAGUAUCCGUGCUUCUGUCAUCGCAUACACAAAUAAUAGUUUCUGUUCCUUUGGUAUCUCUGCACCUAAGAUUCCUAAUAGG